AUAAAUUGCUCCAAGCCUUGCUCUGAAGCGAAUGACUUGUUCCUCAACAUUUUUGGGAUAUCCUUCAACAGUUUUGACUGAAACGCCUGCUACAUACAUUUUUAAUACAUUCCGUCUUCAUCGGCUUUUUCUGCUGUGCGUUGCUGCAAAUCAGAAAAAUAGAUGCGCGUCCUCACGUUAAGGACUAAAUAGAUUGUCUCUGGGCCAAAUUUCAGAGCUCUUGCGACUAAGAAAGGAAAGUUAUUGCAAUUUUAAACUGAAGUGGCCUGAUACUGGGUAACAUACUGUGCAGUGAGAUCUGUAUCAAGAAGAUACCCACAGGUACUCACACCAGAGUCUGCUUAACAAAAAUGCUUUUCUAAGACAAGUUCGUUUUAAAAGUUUGUAACUUUUCGUGAUUUUAUAUAAUAGGCUGUUAGCCUGCUGGUAGAGGAUGUGCGCUUAACAUGGUUUCUGCUUCGUACAGGUUUCUUCGCUGUAUUUGUUGGAAAUGUCAUCAUUGCGAUAUGAUGAAAUGUUCAUAUUUUAGGAAAAGGGAAACUAUCCUUCAAAAACUCAGGCGAAGUCUUAUUUAGGUCACGUUUUACAGCAAUCAGUUGAACGUCAGAUCUUUUAUAGUCUUGCUCUCACACGCAGAUUGGUGGCUUUCUAGUUCCUUUUAUUGUGAUGGGUUGUGCUAUGAUUUUCACAACUCCAGGAGUUUUCCUGUUUUUACGGAGAACAGGUUAGUAAUUAAAAGAAAACUCUAUAGGCUUCUUUAUUUUUUCUUUGAAGAAAUCUUUGGCCAUCUAGCUUGUGCCGGGCAGGCUCUUGGUCAGUGCAGACAAAUGAAAAAAGCAAGCAUUUUCACGUCGUAGUCGUGCAAAAACGGAAAAGAAAUGUACAAAAAAGUGUGACGCACGUGCGAAGUUGUUGUUUUACUUAUUAAAUAAAGUUAUGAUCAUGAUUGGUCAAAAUUGACCAAUUAUAGGGUUUACCUUUACCAGGAGCUGGUAUACCGGAAUAAGGUAUUGAAAACAAUUCUUACAGGCUCCACUUACCCGUCUCUCGCCAGCUCCUCCGCGUUUUUCGGGCAACUUUUCUCGAUGCGCUUUCCCUACUAUCUCAGAGCCUGGAACAGGCUACCCUAAUCAAAAUUAAGAAUGUAUAUUUUCAGGAAUUUCUAAGGUGGCUGAACACAGCUUAAUGUGCAUCUUAAGCUCUUUAAGAGAAAAAAUGUAAGGACGACGACAAGCUGUGAAAAGUUCCCAUAGUAGAAAUGUCAGUAGAAAUUUCUUUUACAAACAGCAUGAUCUCAGCGCUCAUUUGAGUUUUGCGCAAGCGUACUUAGGGAGUAAUGUAAGAGUGCUGGCAUCGGCAAUGUAAACAAACGACGAUGUCUUAAAAUCUACUCAUUACAUUUUCAUGAAAUUUGGCAGAAAUCCUUUUCAUAUCGUACUUCAGUCAAUGAAAGCUUCAAAAUGAAAGUUAAACAGGGAAGUUUUGCGACACAAUCAAAUUUUAUAGGAAAGAAGAUCAUCGCAGUUAUAGACGCAACUUUUGCAGUUACGAAAAGAAAGCCUAAAAAAAACAUUCCGGCUUGUACGGGAUUCGAACCCUUGACCUCUGCGAUACCAAGUGCAGCGCUCUACCAAAUGAGCUAACAAACCAACUGGAAGUUUCUUAUGAAAGCUACUUCCCUAAAAAUGUCAAAAACUGUCUGUUAUAAUUUAGCUUAAAUUGUGAUCUGCGUGGAAAUUCACCCUGAAAUCUUAAGACUGGAUUUUGCGUAAGCCUACUAAGUUCAAAAAUUUACGCUUGUUGUCAAUGAUCAUCCACGUUCCCACGGCAACGAUCAAAAUCUCACGACUCAGCUAAUGAAUGUAAUAUCUUAUAAAUAUAUUUUGUCUGUGCCAAAUUUGGGCUUUACUAAUGAAUGGUAACGAUGCACAAGCUAAAGCCGCAAAGUUUGGAGAGCAAAAUGUUUCUAAACUUACCUUCGGAAAAUGUUUGGUUGAUUUAUUUAUUUAUUUGCGCUGGAAAUUUAACUCAAGCUAAUGUCCACUGCUUUUUGUGCUGAAACCUGACUUUUAAUGUGAACCUAGCAGUAAACUACUCGUGGAAUUCACUUGUGUUACCAUUUUACUCAGAAAAACAGACCGAUGAGAAAACAGCUGAGGAAUCAACCACCAUCUUCAAGGCAUUACGAAAUCCUGGUACAUUUAUAUCUGGUAUGUACACACAUUUGUUCUAAAUGUAAAUAUGACUAACAACAAUAGAUCUUAAAACAUUUAUGAUUAGUAUAAGAUUUUUUUUGCCAUCCUCGCACUAUAAAGCAGGACAUAGCAAUCGAUACAUUUAUUUCAACUCUUCAUUGAAAAUCGCUGUCUGUUGUUUCUAGUGUUUUCAUUUGUUGUCAGUGGUUGUUCUUUUGGAUAUAUAGAGCCCAUUUUUGAACCCUAUAUGAUACAGGUAAGCUUUUAUUAUUAUUAUUAUUAUUAUUAUUAUUAUUAUUAUUACUAUUAUUAUUAUUUUAUUAUUGUUAUUAUCAAUAUUAUUAUUAUUAUUAUUAUUAUUAUCAUUACUAUCAUUUAUUAUAUAGACACGAGUGUUUUACUGGAAAAUGUACCACUCGUAAAAUUCUUAAAAACUACAUCCGGGACCUGAGUGGUUUAUUUUCCAUAAUCUCACACGUGAGUUUAUCGACGACGUAAUUUCGGUCAUUUCCCUCUAUUAUUUUAUCGAUGUCUUUUUGUCUAUAUAAUAAAAAGGACAUUACACGGCGGCUCGAAGAUAUGAAUUUUAUUUUCUCGUGGCAAAAACAAUAUUUUACUCACUCGCUGCGCUCGUUCGUAAAAUACUGUUUUGCCACUCGAAAAUAAAAUUCAUAUCUUCGCGCCACCGUGUAAUAUCCUCUAUUUAUUAAUUUUCUUAUUAUCUACUUUCUGUCCUUUUGCAUGGUAAGUAAUCAAGUUCUUUCUUUUUAAUGUUUGUGCAAGCCAAUAAAAAGUCAACCAAUCAAUCAAUUUAUUAACGUCACAACCUGGGAUAGAGUUGCCCCGAACAUCCGAGCCGGAGGCGCCUGUAUAAAACGCAUGACAAUAAUAAUUAUUACUAACAAUACAAUACAUGACAAUAAUUUAAAAAGAUUAAAAAUGUAAAGAACAAGUUAACAACUAAUGAAUGAGGCUGAGUAUCUUAUGAAGAAUUAUGGAGAUCGAGGAGGGUGUAAUCAUUGUUGUAGUUGUUGUUGUUGUUUUUCGAAUCCUCGUGCUUGGAAUUAAAAUGUACCAGUCGAGCUCACCAUCGAGGGACGAAAGAAAUAUAAUUUGGGGAAAUUGUUCCCAUAGAAACCGGCGGUCUCUCUGUCUUUAGACUGGUCUCAAACAAAUUGUACCAACGUGCCCAGUGUACCACCCAGUAUACUUUUGGUUUGCAUUAUGUAAUAAAAUGAGGUUAAGAGCAUCACUAAAUGCACACCGCUGAUGCAUUUUUGCUAUUGAAAGGUGCCUAGUUGUAAUAACUUAUCCUUUCAUUCCACAUGCAGCUGGGCGAAAGUACAGUCAACAUUGGGCUUAUGUUUUUGUUAUUCUCUGGGGUGUUCACUCUUUCUGCACCAGCAGUUGGCGUUAUUGUUGAUAAGACGGUGAGUUUCUGUUGUUGUUGUUGCUAUUUCUUUGAAAAAUUAUAAAAUAAAAACGUCGGUGGACAGGCUAACUAAGCGUACUCGUCUUAUUCACCUCUCUUCCCUUGUUAACCCUAUUCAGGCUUUUUAUUUAUAGAAACUUAAAACAAGCGGCAUCAUAUUUUACAAGCCUAGCAUAAACUGGCCAUUCAAUAUACUUUGUUGUUGUUUUUCUUCAAUCAAAUCCUCGUGUUCUGACAGAAAAAACAGCUAAAAUACUCGAUUUCCUCACACAAGAAUUAAUUAAUUUUUCACACAAAAUGCGCCAAUCUCGAAGGAAUAAAUCAAAACAAAAGCAUUCAAAACAAGUUUAGAAAAUUUCUUACAUAAAAACUAGUGGGCCCGAUCAUUUAACAGAAAAACACACCUUCUCUCGAUCUCGACAAAUAUUUUUAAAUGAAAUGGAAUUGGAAAAGCAUUCAACUUGUCAAUUAAGGGAAGAAUGCUUCACUUAGCAAGAACUGCGCUACACAUACUAAAAAUAAACCUUUGAUAAGUUUUCCCAGCUGACUUACACUAUGGAAAGAUACGAUUAAUGCUCAGUGGCCUGUUCAUUAUUCAGAUUAUUACACUUUUAUAGUCUUGUUACUGAUUGAAAUCGUUCAGUUUAAUUCAAGCGUAUCUGAAAUAGAAAGCGGUACCGCUUAUGGCAAGAAAAAGCAGUCGAAAAACACUGAAAAACGAAAAAAAACCCGUAAGUCAAUUUCAACGAGUUACUACAAUGGGCCCGGAGGUGGGUUUGUGUACAUACGUUCAUUUCUUAUACAAAUUCUUUAAUAUUUUUUUUAUCAGAAAUGGUACCGAGGCUUCCUUAUUUUGGGCUUCAUUAGUUUUGGUAUUGGAUAUCUUAUGCUCGGUCCUGCACCGUUUCUGACUUUUCUACCUCAAAGG